UGAAAAUGAGUUUGCGUACGUGAAUUGAGUUCACGUAAAGGCGCAUAAAUUCACUUCAGGUACGUGCUUGUGAAUUCAGUUCACGUAAAUUAUUGGGAUUAAGUUCACGUAUGUGAACUAAGUUCACGUAUGCAUAUUGUUUACAUUUUUUUAAAGAUUUUUGUUUUGCAGAUAUGGUGUGCACUAUAUUUACUGAUAGAGAUGGUCGUGUUAUACUUAACGAGGACACUUCUAAUGCGGAGGGUCAUUGUGUUAGGCCAACUGCUUCUGCAAUGGCACAACGACGGCGUGUACAGCGGCAACAGGAAGAAUCCCAACCCGAAGCUCAACCCGAAACCCAACCUGAAGCCUAACCCGAAGCCCAACCAGUUGAUAAAGAUGAACCUCCACAGGAUGGUGGAUAUCCUGGUGGUCCGGUUGAUAGUUCUGUCCUUAGGACAUUCGGCGAUCAUGUGGCGACUCGACUCUGGGAUGGCGUGGUAAUUUUCUCAAUCAAAUUAAGUUAAAUUAUAUUUUGUUACGUUUAUUUUUAAUUUAUAUUUUUUCACUUAAUUAAUUUCAGGAUCGCGGAGAAUUAAGGGUGUUUAGCAAUGGAAAAAAAUUAAAAGAAGUUGUUAUUGAACACGAAGAGGUUGAGCAACUGGUUAAAAGCUCGGGAUUGUAUUCGUUACUAAAAUGCAGCUACGAAAUGAUUGGAGAAAUGACGAUUACUUUGGACGACGUGUCAUCUUUGUUGCAUAUUCCUAUUACCGGUACAUUCUUUAGUGUUAGUGUAUUUAACAAGGAUGAAGGUGCAGAUAUAUUGGCAGAGCUUCUUGGAGUUAGUCACGGUGUUACUUAUGCUGAAUUUAAUGUUGCACGGACAACCACAGUUAGGUAUAGUUGGUUACUUGACGUAUACCAUCAGCGUUGUCGUGAGCAGCAUUGGCAGAUGGCUGCGAGAGCAUUUAUGUUAUGUUUGGUCGGUUGCACACUAUUCAGGGAUAAAAGUGCCUACGCAGUUAGUGUUGCUUAUCUUGAGUGCUUUCGAGACCUUAAUUCUUACGGAGGAUAUGCAUGGGGUGCAGCUGAUCUUGCUUACCUAUAUGACAAUCUUCGAGAAGCCAGCAUGCAUCAAAUCAGAACUGUUUCAGGGUAUCUGACACUUUUACAGGCAUGGGUCUAUGAGCAUUUUCCUACAUUAUGUAGAGAUUGUUGUAGACUUUUUGCUAGUUAUGUUGAAGACUAUCCUAGAGCACUUAAAUGGAAGCCUAAAAGGGGAUAAGGUUUUGGUUCUUCCAUUUAGGAAAGCUCUUAAUGAGAUUGACGUUGAUGAGAUCUGUUGGACACCAUAUGAGGAGCAUCGACUAAAGCGACCUUUGAAGAUGUAUCUUUAUUUUGAGGGUGGAUACGUUGGGGUCCUAAGAUGUAUGCUCAUCUGCCAGACAGAGUAUUGCGGCAAUACGAUCAUGUCCAAACCAUUCAUGGCUCACCGUUAGAGGUAGUGGGUCAGAAGACCACACCAGAUGAAAUGGACAUUAUGUUUACGCAAUAUGAUGUCCAUGUAGUGGAUGCUGGCGCAGUUGUGCAGGGACAUGUAUUCUACUCGAAUGAUUACAUGGACCGGUUUCGUAGAAUUUCUCAUCCAUACAUCAUUCGUAGAGAACUAGUCCAUGAAGCUGAUGCAGAACCUACUGAUCAUGCAGAUGAUGAUGCCACUCAUGCAGCUGAUGGGAUCCCGUAGAUGAUGAUGACACAAUUGA